UAAAUGAUUGCAACGUAAGGAGAGAAAAUCAUGUGCAUUUCCCUCCUUUGCUGUGUCUGACAAACAGCCGGAAGGGGCUAACGUAAAAGCAUACAGUGUGCAGUUUCGCGUGGUUAUUGCAAUUGGUUUUCUAGGGGGGACCGACACCGACUGCAUUCACCACCAGCACACACCCCUCAGCGCCGGUGAUGCAUCCCAGCGGCAAGGGCACGGACAACUCCUCGUUAGAGUCGUCUCGACUUUAGAAUGGUGCAGAAAUCUCUCAACGGCGGGGUUUACCCAACUCAAGCCGGAGAGAAGAAGCACAAAGUCGGGUUCGUUGGUUUGGACCCCGGGGCUCCUGAAUCUAGCAGGGAUGGGGCGCUGCUCAUUGCGGGUUCGGAAAGCACCAAGCGGAGCAGCAUCCUCUGCAGACCGAGGUCCAGCAUCUCCGCCGGGAGACCCAGACCGUCGAAGAAAAAUGCCAGCUAUCGGAAACUACAGAAUUUUCUCUAUAAUGCGCUGGAAAGACCGCGGGGAUGGGCGUUCAUCUACCACGCUUAUGUAUUCCUGUUGGUCUUCUCCUGUCUCAUACUCUCAGUCUUUGCCACCAUCAAAGAGUUCAGAAAUAGCUCAGAGAGUGCCUUGUACAUCCUGGAAAUUGUGACCAUCGUGGUGUUUGGAGUGGAGUACAUCGUAAGGAUAUGGGCUGCUGGCUGCUGCUGUCGAUACAGAGGAUGGAGAGGGAGGCUGAAAUUUGCCAGAAAGCCUUUCUGUAUCAUAGACAUCAUGGUGCUGAUUGCCUCAGUAUCUGUACUGGCAGCUGGAUCUCAGGGCAAUGUUUUUGCCACUUCAGCAAUCAGGAGUCUGAGAUUCCUGCAGAUCCUCCGUAUGCUGCGUAUGGACCGCCGUGGAGGCACCUGGAAGCUGCUCGGAUCUGUAGUUUAUGCCCACAGCAAGGAGCUCAUCACAGCAUGGUACAUAGGCUUCCUGUGCCUCAUUCUGGCUUCAUUCCUGGUCUACUCUGUGGAAAAGGAGUCAAAUACUGAGUUUGAGACCUAUGCUGAUGCUCUUUGGUGGGGACUGAUCACUCUCACUACCAUCGGCUAUGGUGAUAAGGUUCCCAAGACCUGGAAUGGACGCUUGUUGGCUGCCACAUUCAGUAUGAUCGGGGUGGCCUUCUUUGCUCUUCCUGCUGGCAUCCUGGGUUCUGGCUUUGCUCUGAAAGUCCAAGAGCAGCAUAGGCAGAAACAUUUUGAGAAGAGACGUAAUCCUGCAGCAGGCCUCAUCCAGGCUGCUUGGAGGUUUUAUGCUACCAACCUUUCCCGUACAGAUCUGGUGUCUACAUGGGAUUUCUAUGAGCAGACUGUAGCCAUUCCAAUGUACAGACUUAUUCCACCUCUGAAUCAGCUGGACCUGCUGAGGAAUCUGAAGGGCAAGUCAUUCAGGAAGGAGUCUCAAGCAGAAACCUCUCCCAGUCGGAAGGCCAGCCUGAAGGACAAAGUGUUCCCCAGUCCCUCCAAGGCUCCCAUGGCCAAAGGGAAGACCCAGUCUCCUGGGGCAGAGGACGGGGCCGAGGGGAGCCCCAGCAAGGUCACCAAGACCUGGAGCUUCAAUGAGAAGAACAGAGGACCAAAGCACACCUUCAGAGUCCGGGGCAGCACCUCACGCCAAAACUCAGAGGUGCUGAUUGAAAUGCAGGACGAAGACUUUGGACUGAAGAGUUCUCCAGAGGCGAGCCUCCCAGGAGAGGAAAUUGGUGAUGAUAAGACUUGCCACUGUGAGUUUCUCACUCAAGAAUUACCACCGGGCUUGAAGGUUGCAAUAAGGGCAAUCUGCAUCAUGAGGUUUCUGGUGUCUAAGAGGAGAUUCAAAGAGAGCUUGCGGCCUUAUGAUGUCAUGGAUGUGAUUGAGCAGUACUCUGCAGGUCACCUGGACAUGCUGUCUCGAAUUAAGAACCUGCAAUCCAGAGUUGACCAGAUAGUAGGUAAAGGUCCUAAAGCUGAGGGAGAGGCUGCAGAGGACCAGAGCAUGAUGGGACGUCUGGUCAAAGUGGAAAAACAGGUGGUCUGUAUGGACAGGAAACUUGAUUUCCUGGUAAAUGUGUAUGUGCAGCGUAUGGGCAUCCCUCGCUCUGAAACAGAGGCCUUUUUCAACUCCAAAGAGCCGUAUCCAGCCCCGCCUUACCACAGCCCAGAGGAGAGCAAGGAGGAGAAGGAGGGAAAAGAGGAGGUGAAGGAGGAAAAGGAGGUGAAGACAUGCUCAGCUGCAGAUGUCCUGUGUUCUGAUGGGUCUUUGGAAAAGAAAGAUCCUUUACUGGGUCGGUCUGUGGCGAGAUCGGUGGGUACUCCCUCCGGCAGCAACAGCCGCCCCUCUACCUCCUGGCAGCACCAGCUGCAGCACCCCCUCAGCCAACCUGCCUGGAACAGCAGCGUGGCCAACACCCCUUCACCUGUCGGUGGCGACCAUUCGCCCACCCUGUUCCGCCUUCCGCCUCCACCUGCUCCAGUUCACGACCGAUCUUCCUCUGGUCCGGGUGGCAGCGGCCGAGAGAGCGGUUCCCAGAGCAGGAGGCGCCAGAGAAGGCAGAGGUGUCAGCAGGAUGCCACUGCCGUGGAGAGUGACACGUCUCUCUCCAUCCCGUCUGUUGACCACGAGGAGCUGGAGCGCUCCUUCAGCGGCUUCAGCAUCUCCCAGGCCAAGGAGGACUUCUUUGGGCCUUCCUUCUUUACAGGUUCAGGAGGGGGAGGUGGAGCAGGGACUGAAGCUGGAGCUGGACCUUCACUCUGUGCCAGGGUUAGACCCUUCAUAGCAGAGGGCGAAUCAGACACAGACUCUGACCUCUAUGCUCCCUCACCUCUGUCCUUUACUGGAGAGGUCUCAUAUGGAGAGAGGGGAUGGCCGGGACUGAAGUAGGUCAGGAAGGACUGCUCUGCCUAGUAAAGAGGCUCAUGGUGAAAGGGAUUGGUGCCUCAGUUGCCAAUAGCAAACCUAUCAUGAGACCCUAUCGCCAACUUGACUGACUGUUGUCGCUGAUGAUGCUAUUACAGUUUAUUUUUGGUUAAGUGAAUGAUUACGAUUAGUUGUUUGUUACUGAGGAUGGUAAAAAUAUGCCCUUAUAAAAACAAAUGGGUCCUUUAUCACCUUUUUUUGUUUGUGGUGUAACACUUUACAAGCAAUGCUUGAUGACAUUUGCAUUGUAUCCAUCAAGAUCUUGUUUAAAUAGAAAAAUAGCUUAUAAUAACUUAUUUAGAGACAUUUUUUGUUGCAUUCAUUAGUGAUAUUUAUUUGUAUUUAUUAGUAAAAGGUACAUGAUAGUAUAGAUGUGUGAUUUAUGACACUUAAUUUUGCAUUGAACUUAUACUUGAAAUUGAUUUGUAUGGAAUAUAAAAGAGACCAUCACCUUGAUUUCUCUUAUUAUGUAGUGAGUGCAUUUUAGCACUUCUGUUAAACACUGACCACUGUCAAUUUGAAAACAUAGUGGGAGAAUUAGUAAUGCAAGAUUGUUCAAGUCUUAUCACAUGGUUAGCAUAGUGUCUUGAUAACUUCUAUACCUUUGAAUGACUUGAGGUGUUAUGAUGCCAAAACCUUAGCUAUGAUAAUCAAUUAGAUUCUCGCAGAGUAAAAAAAAAAGUGCUUGCUUUUACAGCAUCAUUAAUUCAGCCUGGUGAAUACUACAGAAGAACUCCCCUCAAAGUAUUGCAGAUACUUCCCCAUCAAUAAACCAGUGAACUUCCUGCAUGGCAUGUUAAAUGGUUGAUUUAAGAACUGUGUUAAGCAGGCUACAAAACCAAACAAAAAUUCAGCAGAAAAACUCCAUGAGUGUUUUUCAUCUAUACAGACAAACAGAACGGUGAAUAAAACGUGACAAUGUGUGUGCAUGACUGGUUUCAAGCUACAAUGUGUUGAAUUUUUUAUGGGGCUUUGCUUGAAUUCCAAUCAUGUAAAUGCAGCCUGAGCUUGAUAAUUUCAAUGGCUCUUCUUUUCUAGGCAAAUAUGUCCUUAAAUGGUGUACACAUCGAAAACAAAGGCAGAUGUUUAAUGCCACUUAUCUAAACAAUAUGGGCUCAAAUGGAUAUGCGCUCAUACAAUUUGUAUUGUUAUCACACAACAUGCAGUCUUGAAAUUGGAUUGAGUGAAUCACUUGGGACACUUGAUCAUAUUUUGCAUAUGUUACUCUGACAUUAAUUAGCCUGAAAAUGCAUAGGUCAAUAAUUUAGAUUCUCUGAUGCUAUGUCAGCUCGGCACUAAAUGAGGAAAUGAUGCAAUAAAAAGCACGCAAGGCAAUCAAGAACCAUCAUUCUUUAUGAACAUUAACAUGGCCUUACGUUUCCAAAAUCCAUUGUUUUAUAAUUACCUAAAUCAACUAUUUGAAUUCUUGACAUUUCAUGAAAGUACAUUUUCAAAUGUUAUGUAGGAGGUUUUGUGGCCUGAGAGCAAAUGCUCCAGGUUAUAAAUUUAGCCAGUGAUAGUGCUAAAAGCAUGGUAUUCAAUAGGACAUCUGAAGCAUGAACAGUUCUUGUGACUGUAAAACUAACCAUAGCAAACCAACUCCAACAUUUCAACAUUAACACCCAAACAUGGAUAUGAUAACAGAGGAAAUGUCAUUUAAUAGAGACUAUUCACACAAGAUAUAUGAUCCAUUUUUCAGAAAAGAAGAAACAAACCCGCUGGCAUGUUUUCUACAACCCAAAGAAAGGACCUGUAAGGUUUUACAUGAUACAGUAGCUCUUAGUUCACCACCAUCCUGUAACUGCACCUUCUUCUUCUUCUUCAAUAA